AUGAUCCCUACACGAGCCAGUUUCACGGCUACUGUGUCGAAGUCGAUUUUAACAACAAUCCAAUUCAGCUUUCCUACUAUCAAAACGGUGAUCCUCGGUAACAUGAUGGAAUUCAACCAGAACCAUUCUGUUGUGUACGUUGGUUCCUAUGCUAACAAUCCUGGCUUGUGGUAUCCUCGUGAAGGAUUUGGAUUUGAAUUGUGUCACUCUGUUCCUGUGUAUAGUGGAAACUUCCACAAUGAUGCUCGUGAAGGAGAAGGUCGUGCGUAUUACAUAAACGGCUCUCUUUUAUACGAUGGAAUGUGGAAGAAUGGGCAGAUAUCGGGUCAAGGAGUUUGCUAUUGUGAAGAUGGCUCGAUUUUUGGAGAAGGAGAAUGGGAAGAGAACUCGCGACAAGAAGCAGACGGAACAUUUGCUGAUUUGAAUCGUGCGAUAAAGGAGGAUCGGGAUUUGAAAGACAUCAUGUUGCACUCCAUAUCGUUUUGUCUUCGUGGAGAAAAGUUGCAAUCGAUGGCGGAUGUUUACAAACUGGACACGAUAAAGAGAGUGAAGAGUCGUGAAUGUAUCGAAAUCGAACCCAUUUUGGAGGAUAGUUUGGGAGUGGGAUCGAAUCCGAUCAGUUCCAUCGAGGUGGGCAUUGAGGUGCUUUAUUCGUUUUUGAACGAAGAGAAUUUCUGCCAAGAUUCGUCCGUUGUGAACACUCUUGCCCAUGAGAAUCAGAACAAUGGAACGCAAUCGAUGGCGAGCGUGGAUCCAAAAACUUCCAAUCGAUUGUCUACGAAGAAUCCUCCUCCGGAACCCCCUGCUUCCGACGCGAACAACGAGAAUGAGCGCUUGUCGCUCGUGUUGUCUUCGAUUGAGAGCAUUCCCAAGCCUGGAGAUUCUUCUUUGGUCUCCAUCUCGACAAUCCGAGGACUUCUCUUCAAGACGAGCAAGUGGUGGUUCGUGUGCCGAUGA